CUUAGGCUGCAUGCUCAGAUUUGGUUCCGAUUACUUUACAAACAUUAGGAUCUUUAUUUUAGUUAAAUUAAUACUAUAUAAGAAAAGGAUCUUGUUGAUAACUCAUCAAGAUGCCUGGUGAUGAUGAAGAUGCCAAGUUUGACGUAUACAAGUUCAGACGUCGAGCGGAUAGGUCCAAACUGUCUCUUAACACAAUAAAUUCUGAUAUACCUAGAAUUUUAAGUCAAAAUAUAAUUUACGAAGUAGACGACAACAAAAAAUCUAAGAGAUACGCCAUACUGCAAGAACCACGUAUUGAAUUCUCAUUCAACAAAUUUCGUGCUCUUCUUCUCAUAUAUUCAGAUCAAUCUUGGAAAAUUUUCGUCCUCACGACUCUAUUCGUAGAGUACCUUUUAGAUUCUUGCAUUUAUACAUUCUGCAAACCCGAACACAGAAGUUUAUGGCUUAUACUGUUAAUAGUUUGUCUGAACUCAGUAUACACUUUCGACGUUCUUAUUGUAUGCGGUUUGAAGUUUUCUAGAAUUUGGAGAAAGACACUCAAUUUGGUUGAACCAAGCACCAGCAAAGUCGCAAUAGAAGUAAUUCUCGCCAUACCUUAUUCUCUGCUUUAUUUGAUACGAGCUGAAACAGCGAUAUUUGAUUUCACCAUAAUUGCACCAAUCAUGUCAACCUUAAGAGCUUACAGAAUUUUGGAACUCUUCUAUAACAAAUCGUCUGAAGCUGGGAGCAACCAAUGGACUACAUUUUUAUUUCAAUAUCUAAUGCUUUUAUUACUAUGCGUUCAUUCUUGGACCUGUGUAUGGUUUUUAUUCUCAUACAGGCACUUUGAUAUCCAUAAAAUACGUUUAUCCUGGUCUGCCGCCGCUGUUUAUCUACCCACAGAAGAAACAUUUGAUUGGUAUUUUGUUUGCACUUAUUGGUCAAUAAUGUGUCUUACUACGAACGCUAUUGGAGAUUUGUACCCGGUAACAACAAGUGAAAGAAUCGCAGCUAUCGGGGCAAUACUAGUAGGUUUUGCUCUGACUACAAUCGUAUACGUUGGAUCGUUAACUUCACAGUUCAUAACUGUCACUACAAGGCGAGCUAAAUAUGUGAGGCAACUAAAAAAAAUAAAAAACUAUCUACAUCUCAUCAAAAUGGAUACAGAUACAACGAAAAGAAUAAUGAGUUAUUAUGAAGAUCUCUGGUAUCAAAAGUCUGGUGUGUUUAAACCAGAAUUACUCGAACUUUUGCCUUUGCCGUUGCAAAUGGAAAUAUGUUACGAUUUAAAUGCUGUGCCCCUGUACAGUUCCUUGAUAUUCAGAAAACUACCGGAGGCGUUCCUUCGUAGGCUGUCUUUAGCUAUGAAUCACCAGUUCUACCUACCUGGCGACAUUGUUUAUAAUCAUAAUCAUAACAAGACUAUUAUGGUAUGCAUCACCAGCGGAGUACUUGAAUUAUUGUCUGAUGAAGAUGAUGAAAGUCCGAUGAUUUCUUUUAGUAAAGGUACUUGUUUCGGCGAAAUAUCACUUGUUUACAAUAUCCCAGCAAGGUGCACUGUAAAAGCUGCUACAUAUGUAGAAUGUCAAGUGUUAGAAAAGGCAGAGUUCAUAAAACUUAUGAUAACAUACCCUGAUCUAGUCGACGGCAUACGUCACCAAUUGCUACAGCGUAUUGAAAGAAGUCGGCUUCGGAAAAAGCAAACAAUCAAAAGCUCCCCUUUGUCAUUAAACAUUUACGUUUCGAAAGAUCGACCAAAAAGCAGUAUUAAAUGUUUGAAAGAUAAACUGAGAUACAUACAAGGUAAAACUGAUGUUGAUACAACGAAAGAUAAUGAGCUCGAUCAAAACUGCUUGGAUUUGUACAUAAUGUCUGAACAUGUUAAAAAGAAGACCACGUCGUUUACUUGCAUUAAUGACAAAAUUCCAUGGAUUCUUGAAUGGGAUUGUUAUCUUGUGAAAUAUUGGGAACAUGUCAUGCUUCUAAUUGUAUUCUAUAUUUGCAUCGUCUACCCCUACUACAUAGGAAUCAAGAGACAAUUUCCCGACGAUGGAUUUUUCUUUCAGUCAUACAUAGUUGUAACAGUAAUUUUGAUAUUAAAUGUACUGUUGUCAUGUGUCACAUCAAUAAAAACUAAAAAGAAAUAUUUGAGAACUGUGAAGAAAAUUCUGAAUCAAAGAAUGAAGAUGUUGGGUUUUUAUUUAGAUGUGGUUGCAAUAAUACCUUUCGAGUACAUUGUUACAAUACAUACGCACACGGAAGUAAAAUAUCAUGAUAACUACAGGGAUCAUCUAUAUUACUUAUGUAAAGGAUCUAAACUAUGUCUUGUGUGGAGAAUUUCGAAUUUCUUCGAAAAACUUGAAAAGAAACUGCUUUUAAAUACUUUAAUCAUCAAGGUGGCAAAAUAUUGUGUUUACAUUGGUCUGCUGUGUUAUUGGUGCGGGGUGAUAUUAUAUAUGGAGUCCUGUUUUGUUAGCAGAUGUUCAGAAUCUUCUUGGUACAGUCAAGUCAUGACGUGGCAGGAUCAAUAUACUAUAAGAGAAGCUAACAAAACUAAAUAUCCGUUGAUUCCGUCAGUGUAUUUUGCUACAACGAUUUUGCUCUCCGUCGGCUAUGGCGACUACGCCCCUGGCGACAAAUUCGAUAUGGGUUUUGUUGCUUUCAUCAGUCUUUACGGAGUACUUCUCAUUGGAUUCAGCAUCUCAGAAUUUUCAGCCAUCGUUACACAUUGGUCUAGAACAAAAACUGCUUUCUUGGAAGUCAUUAUAACUAUUGACAAAUUCUUAAGAGAAAAUAACAUGCACCCAGCAAUAAAAGCUAGAAUAAUGGCUUUUUACGAUUUGCAAUGGCAAUACAAUUCGGGAGUAGAGUUGACUGAAGAAAAUUGGUUGGAAGCAACAGUGAUUCCGCCAGAACUGCGAAAGAAAGUGUUACAUCAAGCACGAUUCAGAGCAUUGACCUCAAUAUGCUUUUUCCAAGUCAAAAAUAAGGAAUAUAUUCAAACUCUUACAGAAACCGCCGCUGAUAUAAUACUUCCACCAGGAGAAAUAGUAUACUACGGCGGUACUGUGUCGCGAGAGCUGUAUAUUAUUGAAAAAGGAUAUUGUUUGCUCACCACCCAUGUAAAGGAGAAGAAAAUUGAGCGAGUUAUAGGCCCUGGAAACCACUUGGGUCUACUCGUGCUUUUGUAUGGAGUUCCUGCCAUUGGUACCGUAAUAACGUUGACUCAUUGUAAGCUAAUAAGCAUAAGCCACGCGGCGUACACAUCCGCACUGAGUCUGUUCCCUGCCAUGAAAGAACACGAGAAUCUUUUGACGCCGGAAGAACUUCGCAUGAUAGAAAUCCAAGCGAAGUCACAGCGGGCUGAAGGAUAUUUGACGCGGUAUGACAAACUAACAGAAAAGCAGAUAGUCAGAAUAAAAAACCUAUACAAAAGAUUUCUGAAUAAUUCCUUCAUCAACGUACAAAGUUACUAUAACGACAAGUUGAAAGAGAGUUACUUAAAGUCCUACGAUCAGUUUCAUAUUAUGAGCAAUGUUGCUCGCUACCUAUUAAUGCCUAUCGCGAUUAAGCCCGAUGGUACCUUUCUAAAAAUAUGGGCUAUUUUCAGAGUGGUGGUCGCCAUUAUACUGGCCUAUUUAAUACCGAUUGUACUGUCCUUGGCGCCGCUAUGUGGUCAAUUCAAUGUAGUAUUAUUAGUUUUAGAAAUAAUAUGCUACAUAGAUCUUUAUUUGAUGCUGCACGUUGCUUAUUAUGGACCUAAGAACCAGCUCAUCUACCAUCCUUAUUUGACAGCGAAAAACUAUUUAAAGGGACCUUUCACGGUCGACUUUCUGACGUGUCUCCCAUGGUAUGCUAUAUGGAUGAUGUUCGUGUCAAAGCACAACGAAGAUCACACUGAUGCAGACCACAUGAUAAACCCCCACAUUUACCACUGUAUGUUCAGAAUGAUUAACGUCUUACAAAUAUACAAAGUAUAUGCUGUGUUUUGGACGGAUUCUGUUUCUGCGCUUAAACGGGCCUAUCUCAUGAGUGUUGUGCAAUUUCUCAUUGUAACACUAUUCUUCUUGAAUUUGUACACGUCGAUUCUCAUCAUACUGUCGUGCAGAUACGUCAUUGCGCCAGAUGAACACGAGUUUAAAAGGAAACUGUUAACUUUGUCGUUACGUGGACCGUACAUGAACGCUACUUACCAUCCCAAUGGCAACAUGAUUUGCGCACUAGGAUCCUGGAUCGACAAGUCAAAGAUUCUGAAGGACCAAUACAUGAUGCCAACCAAAGUGUACUUGCUGGCUUACUAUUGGUCAGCGACAAGUUUCAGCGGAGCUGGGUUCGGUGAUAUCACUGCCCAAGACACCGCCCACAUGAUCCUGGCAAUUUGUAUCAACAUACAUGGAGUUUUGUUCUUUGGAUAUGUAUAUGCAAGAAUCGCGUCAUUGAAAGCAAUGGCCGAUCAAGUUAUUACAAAAUAUCAAGAGAAUUUAAAACAUUUGGAUAUGUUCCUUAACAGAGAGAGUGUAUUGUUUACUCUUAAGAAAACUGUGCUCGAAUAUUGGAAGUACCAGUGGAAGCGAACUGGUGGUUGGUCGCAUCAAACCAUAUUUGGAAAACUGCAUGCAAAUUUAAACGAAGACGCAGUGCUGUUUAUGUAUGAAAAGACAUUACGUGAAAUACCUCUCUUCGAUGGUGUUGAGUAUUCCUUCUUCAGGGCAUUCGCGAAGAAAUUGAUGGAACGCUAUUUUCAAAAGGGUUAUAUGGUAUUGAGAUCCAAUGAAGUCACAGAGGCUAUGUAUAUUAUUUACAGAGGCAAGGUGGACAUAGUGACUGAAGCCAAUGAAGUGGAGGCUUGCAUGGGACCAGGUGGAAUAUUUGGAAACAUAAAAGGUGCAACAAAAUAUCUGACGCAAUCUAAUGUUAUUGCCUCCAGGAAUAUAGAUUUACUGGUAAUCAAGGGUCAUGAAUUUUAUGCGCUUUUAAAGAGUUAUCCGUCGGUUUUCCAAAAAGUGAGAAAUUGCGUCGAAGUCGCACCCAAAGAUUACGUUUUGCCAAGCAUCAUAGCUGGCCCAGAAGUUCCCAAUUUAGAGACUGAAUCAUACCCUAUGACGUAUGAAUCUGGCGAAGAUGAUGAGGAUUAUGAUUAUGGAAACUUGGAUCCUAAUGAAGAUAGUCCACAGCGAAGUACUGCGGAGGUUUCGUCCCACGGAUCGCGGUCCAUCAUGUCCACUGGCAACUUGGACUACAUACCAGCAGCCAUUUUGAUUUUUAAACCUCAUCGAUGGUUUCGAAGCAGUGUAAUACCUGACUGCACACUAGUAACGUUUAUGGAUCUCCUUAUUAUGAUACUGUCAUAUAUAGACUUCAUGUGUCUAAUUUAUCAGAUGGCGUUUCAAUCAAUUCCUUAUUUCUUUGAAUUCUGCCUCACUUUUGACGUCAUAUUUUUAUACAAAACAUUUCUGGACAUGCAUACUGGGUAUAUGAACCGAUAUGGCGAAUACGUGUUAAAAUCGGACAAAGUUCGAAAGAUGUAUUUUUCAAAAACGUGGCUCCGAAGACGCGACGUGUUAGCAAACCUACCCCUAUGCUAUUUCGCGUUUGCGCUCACCCUGCGCUAUGAAAUGAAGCUCGCUUUAUUCGCAUAUUUAAGGACGCCCCAGCUUUUCCGAAUCUCCUACCUGUUCACGUUUAGGACACAUAGGAAACUAAACAUUGGAUCAGCUAAUCUCAUUUUCAAAUUAGCAAACAUUGGAAUAAUGGCAUCAAUACUUGCUCAUGUAAACGCGUGUCUAUUUUUUAAAUUGUCAUGCCUAACCCCACUGCAAUGUACCUCAGCUAACUGGAUGUCAAAACAAGAACUUAAUUUGAGACCUAAAUACCAAGAAAAAAAGUACUUUUCGAUUUACAUCGCAGCCCUGUGGUAUAUUAUAAACCUUUUGACAAUCACUGGGACAGGUGACGUGUCGUCACAAAAUAAUUUCGAAGUUAUUGAAACAAUCAUAAUAAUAAUCAUCAUCAAAUUCUGCACAGGGCUGCUAAUAUCAGAAAUGUCAGCGAUGAUAACAGCACAUUCGUCGUCGCGAAUCGCGUACGACUACGUCAUCAACGAGCUGCGCGACGGCCUCAGAGACAUGGACCUCAGCCAACACCAAAUGAACAAAAUGUGGGACUAUGUGAGAGAACUAUGGAACAGGCAUCAAGGGAGACAGAUGCCAGAACUAGUGACUUCGCUGCCGUUCCGCCUACAAUGUCAAGUGAUGCAGGCAGUGUAUGGGUGCCACAUAAAAGAUUCCAUAAUAUUCAGUAAAACGGAUGACGACUUCAGACGAAUGCUCUGCAUGUGGAUGAGCCAUUGUGUGUUCUUCCCCGGAAAUUAUAUCGUCCAGUGCGGAGAUUCUGAUCAAUGCAUUUACUUUAUACAUAGAGGAGAGGUAGAAGUUUUGACUGUGCAUCAAAAUCUAACAGAAUCGGUUUAUGAUGUCCUCGGCCCUGAAGAUAGUUUUGGGAUUGCACAGGGUCUGUUCGUGGGAGUUUGUCAUCAUUUUUCAUUCCGGGCUCGUACCGUUGUUGACAUCGUAUACUUGAAGUUGGACCAAUGGAAGUAUUUACUCGAUUUCUAUCCUCAGGCCGCGAAAAUAGUGCGGAGGAAAGUAGAAAACGUAUAUUUAGCUAUAUAAUUUAAAGGUAUUAUAUGUUAUGUUGACUUUAUGUAAUAUUAAAAUACAU